AGGUAUGGCAAGAACUUCUUGGUAUAUUCAUAUUUUAGAUGAGAAAUUGAAAUGUACAUAUGUUUGUAUUUUGGGGAUCAACUCUUUCUUUGAGAUCUUCAAAUGAGAUCUAUUUUACAUUAUCAAAUUGUCAUAACUAAUCUUGGGUCAGAUGUGGUUAAAGACUUGCUUGGUAAUUAAGCUGACAAAGCCUUUUCUAAAAGGACUGUUUAUUCGGAAGAUCAUUGUAUAUUAACGCCCAGACGUAUGCAACUAUAAUUAUCACAAUCUCUAUCAAAGUCAACAACAAGCGAAAGCUUUUAGCUGGGUCCGGAACAUCUUAUUCCUGCUCCGAUCAGCUGACAAUGAUUACACCACACCCAGUUUUGUUUUCUUCUGGUCCAAGCCGGCUUAGCUCGCCAAGUGCUCUAAGUUUUCCCUGAUUUUCGGCAGUAUUAUCUAGAGUUCAUCACAAAAAAUUGACCAAGGAAAAGAACAGAUUACCGAAGACUAAGUUUCCGGUACAAAUGGUGUGUGUGUGUGGACCCCCCAGCUGAUUGAACUCUGUUUUCAGGUGCCUAGGAAAGUGAUCCAAUUCCGCGGCAUUUCAUUUCUCAGUGAAGUGAAUCAGAUAGUCCAGAUAGUCAGAUUAAAAAAUGGGGAACCCCACCAAUAUCUUGGAUUUACCAUUGGAGAUAUUGGAUUUCAUUUUCAAUAAGCUAACCCUUGAAAAUAAGAUAAAGCUGGGCCUAGCUGAUAAUAAAUUGGGAGCGGCAUUUGCCUAUCAUAGUCGAAAUGAAUAUAAAAAAAUUUCAUCUCGGAAUUUACCACUUGAGAAUUGGUCUGACUUCUUGUCGAUUUGUGGCUCAAUUGUUGACGAAGUGAACGUUAGCAACUUAGACGUUCAAUAUUUAAAAUUGAUAGAGCAACAUUGCUGUAAUCUUAAGAUCAUAAGCAACCUCUACGUGACAGAUAACAAAUGCUCUGCGACUAAAAACUUGAUCCGCGGUGUAAGAAGUCUAACGUCUCUGGAAAUAAGGAUUACUAAUGAUGCCACAGCAGAAGUAGUUCUUGCUUUGCAAGAACUUCCAAAUUUAAAAAUAUUAAAUAUUCAAUAUUUGGGAGAAGAUCAUGAUGAUCGUUCAUCGGGAACUUUAAAGCACCCAUCGAGCUUGGAUCUAGCUGAGGUACACCAAUUGAUCAAUUUAGAAGAGUUGACAAUAGGCGCGACACUCUGGCCUAUGUCACUUAACAUUAUGGAUCUUCCAUCCAAGUUAAAAAUGCUUCGGUUCCUAACAUUAACCAAUUUAACAAUUAGCUCACCAAUUGAAAAAGUAGAUUUUAUUUGUCCAUCCCUAGAAGAGCUUGUCAUUACACAUUCACAAAUUGAAUUUGAGUUGCCAUACUGCCCAAAGCUUCGUUCUCUGAAGGCAUUACAUUCAAAAUAUGUUUCGAAUAACCUCAAAUGGCUUUCAGAGCACACAAAAACUUUGGAAAUACUUCAAGCAGAUGGGAACAUCUUUCAGAAAAAUAUUUUAAACAGUAUAUUUUUAUCGAAUAACUUUAAGACAUGGGAGUUUCCAAAUAUCCAAGAAUUAGGUAUUAAUGAUUCCGAAAUUAAAUUCCCAUUGCCAUUUUGUCCAAAAUUAAAGUCAUUGGAACUAAAAUCCACUUGCUUUUUUUCAAUGAACUUUUUCUUCAAAUGGAUUUCAAAACACGGAAGAACAUUACAUAAGCUAAAAAUAGGCUUUGAGUUAUUCAAGGACAAUUGUCGGUUGACUAAACUUUUAAAAAUUCAGAGUCAACAAUGGACAUUACCUUCGUUGAAAGAUCUCGAAAUUUCCUUUCUCCGAAUGUCGUUCGGUUUACCAUAUUGUCCAAACCUUCUGUAUUUGAAUGUGAAGCAUGUUGAAUGCCACUCAAUGGAUUACUUUUACAUCUGGCUUUUAAAACAUGCGAAUAAUUUGCAAAGCAUCGAAUUGACCGAAGAACUACUUGAAGAAUCUGAAUUUCUUAAAUUUCUCUCAAGAUGCAAACAAAUCAAAAAAUGUAGCAUUCCCAUCUUUUCGAGAAAAAUUUCGUUCGAAUUUCUUAAUUCAUUUAUAAAGAUAUUAAAAAAAAGUGGAGUCUCGUCAAAAGAUCCAUUCGAAAUUACUGUUUCUUCAAAUGAAUUUCGGCAAAUAAAUCGUAUGAUCGCUGAAUUUCCAAACUCCGAAAUUUGUAAAUGCCUGGAAAGACACAAUGACUAUGGCGAUCUUGAAACGGAUAUUUUUAAUGAUGAAGCUAUAAACGAUAUAACUAACCUAAUUUUAAAUGCAAUUCAGAUAUAAUUUUAAAAUUAUACAUCAAUAAUUCAUUUUA